CCAGCUUGUGGUUUCCUCUAACAGAUAACAUACUCAAAUAUUUUAAACUUCGUGGUACAUCUUUUUGUAUAAACGGUAAUUUUUAAAUGCAUAAUACUUAUCAAAAAGUAGUUUUAUUGUUAUUGAAAGAAUAGUAAAGCAAAAGGUACCUACCUAUAUCAUAUAUUCAGUAGUGGUAAAAUCGUCGUAAGAAAAAUAAUGGAUCUAAAUAGAAUUCGACUGUUAAGUGAAGAUAAUUUGCUGAAAGCAAUUAAAGACAGCGGCAAUGACAUCAUAGCAGAUAUAUUAAAAGACAGAGGUAUAGAUGGAAAAUCAUUCUUGGAAUUUCAAGAACUUCAAGCAAUUAGUUGGAAGUUGCCUCGAGUUCAAGUUAAAAAUCUCACUACAUUCAUAAGCCAAGUAAAACAAGAUCCUUCGAUACUCGUAAAAAGCCUACCCGAUCCUCAACCUUUUUCGCCACGCCGUAGUUUUAAAACUCCAGGUAAACCCAAUAUAGUUAAGCCUCCAGUCAAAUUACCCAUUAUACCUCCCGUUGAAAGCAACAAUACUCGGUUUAAUAAACCUCCUCUAAGCAGCCCCGACGUACCACCUAUACCACCUAUACCCCCUCUGCCAAAACAACUAGAAAACCAACAGACUUCUAAACCAGAACCUCCUAUGUCAAUUGCCAGAAUAAAAGAGAGACCUGCUUUUCCAUUACCACGAAGAGCUAGUAGCAAACCAAUCGAACCUCCUGAUGAUCCACCAGCCGAUUAUGGAUACCUGACACCUGACGAUAUUGGCACCAAGUACCCAUCUUUCGCAGAUCAAUCUUCUCCAAAACAAAGAGUACUUCCUUCUCCAAUUAAUAAAUUACCAAAAGGUUUAAAUACCACCAACAACCAUCAAAGAAACGUUGAUAGUGAAGAUGAUGCUCCAGCUUUGCCCCCUCUAAGAAACUUGCCGCGUAUAGAAUCUAAAAAGUCACCAGUAGGUAAUAGAAAAUUACCACCUGUUCCACCUGAUGGCCCUGACAUAAAGAGGAGGUCAGCAAGUUUAGAACGUCCUACAAAUCGUAGAUUUCAACAACCUUCUCCUGUAGAGCCAGAAGAUGAAAACGAUGAUAAUAAUAUUUAUGAUGAUGUACAAGAAGAGCAGAAACAUAAGAAACAAGCACCGACACCUGCUGCUGUACAAAAAUCUUUUGAACCGAUCAAAAAGUAUUCAAGCAGUACUCCGGAAAAUAUCAAUAGUAAUACACUCGAUAAAGAGAGCCAGAAUAAACGCGGGAAUUUUUUGGGAAAUCUUGGUAAACUUUUGGCAGAAAAAUGGACUCCUCCAAAAACCGAAAAUCCAAGCUCUUACAACUACGAGAAUCAUAUGCUGCAAAGUGAGACUACACCUACAUCAAAAUCUACAUUUUCGUUUAAAGAUCGUCCAUUACCAGAAAUUCCAAAAGAGUAUCAACCAUCGUAUAGAAAAAAUUCAUUCAAAGAUACAGAAACUGUUUCAAAUAAUCAGAGUACAUUAUCGCGCAAUAAUAGAGACAAGGGGAAGGGAUACAAUCAACCUCCCAAACAUUUUCAGCAAAGAAUAACUCCUGAACCCGAACUUGUAGGCAAUGAACACGAAGAUGAGGAGCAGGUUUACGAAAAUGUCAACGAAAAGAAUAAUUCUAACACAUCAGCAGACGAAUUCGAUGCGCCAGAAUAUGAAAACAACGAAUCUUUUAGCCACAUUUCCAAGCAAAAAGUUCUCAAUAAGACGUUGUUAGUUGAGGCAUUACAAAGACAAUCUACAAGAUCAAUCGAGUCAGUCCCCACAACAAGGAAACAAAUUGAUGAAAAAUCUUCACACAAUGUUCCAACUACACCAGAUUUUGUUAAAGAAGAAAGAGAAGGUGGUGUAUUUUAUGGAAAUAUCGACCAACCUAGAUCAUUUCCAUAUUCUUCUAAGCGAUCUCCAUUUAGAAGUAAUGUUCCUUCGGUUGGAGACGAUGACGCAGAUGCACCAGAGUAUGGGAAUAUAGAUGAGUCGGAUAUAAGUACCAAUACCAGUUUAACUCAAGAAAGGCGACUGCCAACAAAUAGAACCAAUUUUAACUCUCCAGCCAGCCAAAAAGCACUGAACCAAACCCAAACCCAAUCAGCAGCAAGAGCUUCUAUACCGAGUAUGCUAGCUAUGAAACUAAACGAAGCUCUAAAAGCUCGAGAAAAAAAACUUCAAGAAAAUAUUAACAAAAAUGCGCCCAAUAAAACUAAUUUUGCAAACAUUGCUCCUCCAAAUGAGAGCGACAGCGAAGAUAAUAAAUCUGAGAGAAAUAUUCGGCUAAGAAAUCGCAUACCUGAGGAUUCGUUCGGCGACCAAGCUUUUUAUGGAAACGUAAGCGAUUCCAUUAGACAAGAAUUGCACGAACAUCAUCCAGAAUUAGAAGAGGAACGAAAGUCUAAUGCUGACUUAAUUUUCAACAUCAACCAUGAGCCAUUCUACAGAAACACGGAUAGAAAAGGAGCAAAACAGCUUUUAAGGAACUUCACCGACGGUGCUUUUUUGUUUCGUCCAAGCGAAAAGUAUUUCUUGGUUCUCACUAUCAAAUAUAACAAAAAGUUUUAUAAUCUGGGAAUAGAAAGAACAGCAAAUAAUAAAAUUCGCUUGAACGCCGACAUGAGUAGUAUUUCUCCCGAAUUUGAAACUUUGAAAGCGUUUGUUGAGUACUUUACCAAAGAAGCAGUCACAUUUUCAGACCAGGGUACCAUUCUAGAAAUAUAUUUGAAUCCAGUUCUUCCAGCUGAUAUUUUUUAAUAUAGAAUAUUUUAUAUGAAAUUGUUUAUAUAUUGUUUUUAUUAAAGUAGCAGAUACUAAUUUAUAA